AUGGCAGGAAACACUUUAGUCAAAAGGGAGUGUGAACAAUGUGGUGUUUUUGACUAUUGGUCAAAUGCACAAAAGAGCUAGUGUGUGCUGAAAGAGGUGGAAUUCCUUGCUUACAUUGAGACCCUGGGAUUCAUGCUUGCUAUUCUGUUUGGGGUGCUUGUGGUCUUGGCAGUCACAAUUGUGUAUAUGAUAUACAGGCAGACUCCAUUCAUGAAUGCCAAUGACCGGGAGCUGAGCUUUCUCAUUUCGUUUUCUCUUGUCAUCAUACUGCAGUCUUCCAUGCUUUUCAUUGGCAAGCCAUACAACAGGUUCUGCAUGACCUGCCAAGUCACUUUGGCAAUGGAUUUUUCUCUUUACCAGUCUUGCAUUCUUGGAAAAACUAUUUCGCUGUUUCUAGCUUACAGAAUUUCUAAAUCCAAAACCCGACUUAUAUCCAUCCAGUCCCUUUAUCGAAAAAUUAUUGUACUGAUCUCUGUUCUAGUUGAGAUUGGCAUAUGCACAGCCUACUUAGUAUUGGAGCCCCCAAGAUUGUACAAGAACAUGGAAUGUAAUGAAGGUGCUAUAGAGUUUUUGUGUUCUAUGGUUGGAAUCGAUGUCUUCCUGGCCUUGCUAUGCUUUCUAACAACUUUUGUUGCUUGCCAAUUGCUGGAUAAUUACUAUGAAGGAAAAUGCAUCACAUUUGGAAUGCUGGUCUUUUUCAUUGUCUGGAUCUCUUUUGUCCCUGCUUACUUGAUCACCAAAGGCAAGUUCAAAGUAGCUGUGGAAAUAUUUGCAAUCUUGGCAUCCAGCUACAGUUUGUUGGGUUGUAUAUUUGCUCCCAAGUGUUUCAUUAUUUUGUUGAGGGCAGGAAGGAACACUGAUGAAAUUGUUGGUGGGGGUGUUCCAACCAUAGAUAAGGGCAUCCAACUGACUUCAGCCUCUGUGAGCAGUAAGCCUAAUAAUUCCACAGCAUCAAAUGUUCUGGAUGAUUAG